AACUGCAAUUCUAUUCAGAUGGCGUACGGCAUGGAAACGGACACUGAUGGUCGGUUGUGGGUGCUUGAUGACGGUAGCGAGAUUUGUCCGAGCAAACUUUGGAUAUUCAACCUUCUCAAAAACGACGCAACCGAGUUGAUUCACCACUUCCCGGACACAGUCGUCUCUCAUGCAUAUUCUAAUAGGUACCUGCGAGAUAUCGUGCUGGAAAAAACGCCAGACGACUACCUUGCGUACAUCACGGACUCUUUUCCUGAGCACAUCGUCGUCUACAGCCGAAAAUUGGACAAAUCCUGGACAGUUAAAACACCAGGCAGAAAAUGGGAAUGCUUGGCCCUCUCUGCUGACAGGGAGGCGAGACAGUUGUACCUGGGAAGAUUUAAUUCCAAAGAAAUGUACUCGGUGUCUGCGUCUGAGCUGAAGAAAGAAGACGGAAGCGCUGCUGUCAAAUUAAUCGGCGAAUGGACUGGAAUACCUUACAGAAUGUUGAUCGACGGCGCCAACGUCUUGUAUGCCGCCUUUACCACACAGAGUUACGCCUCCAAAUGGAAUAUUUCGGAGCCCUUUCGUGAGCAGAGAUUACACGAGGUCGGAGAACUGGAUGGUUAUUGGCCAUUUACUUUUGCCUUGGACGCGAACGGCAAUUUAUGGGUGACGAAGAGAAAUGAAACUAGGCAUCAACUACUCAAGGCUGCAGUCGGCGCAAGAUCGAAUUUAUUCACAGUUCCAACGACCCUUGCUGAGACCUCCGGAAAGCAGGAAAUCACAGAAUCAUCCACAUCAUCCCUUCGUGAAGAAUCUACCCCUCCUCCCUCUUUAACAACUGGAGAAGCGCAGAAUCUACUCGGAGUCUUCUUUAUCAAUCUGAGUCCACAGAGUAAACUUAUUGGAAAGACGCAGCCCCGCCCACAAAUAAGUUCAAUCUCUCUCCCGUUCCUCAUCCUUUUGCAGACUUGCCAUUGCGCGGCUGACCCUGAAAUCGGGAAGAAUGCAAACCUAUAUCAGGUACAUUUCGAAGGAAAAACUUGCGGACAGCAAACAGUUUUCCAAUAAAAAUAAAGUGUGUUGCUUUUUAAUUUUGGGUUAAUUAAAAUAAACCUAGAGAUGAUCAUAA